AUGAAUCCCUUUCCGGCAAUGAUAUUAGCUAGCUCGACUACAUCUAGUCAAAUAAAGCCCAAAAAGCAUGCUGGAGGAAAGCGUAAACAUUAUCUUACAAAGUAUAUUAUUACUACUGAUGAAUAUGUUAAUCCACAAAAGCCCAAUGAUAAAUAUUGCUAUUGCUUGGCCUGUUAUGAAUUAAACUUAGAAAAAGUUAAAAUCGUUAAUAGAAAAAAAUUAGUAAGAAACCAUCUUAAAAAUUGUAUAUAUUUUAUGCAUAAAGUUGGUGGAAAAGAACAAGUCAAUAAUAUUCUAAAUAAAGAAGAUUCUGAAGAAUCAUCAAAAAAAUUACGAUUAGAUUAUGACAAAGAUAAAGAUAAUAGUUUAGCUAUCUCAAAAGUUGAAAGUAAAAAAAUCGAUCAUUUUCUUGCUCGUACACCAACUUUUUUAGAACAGGCCCAAUUUGAAGACCAAAUUUUAAAUAUCACUAUAACAAAUGGUUGGUCAUUUCGAUGGGUAGAAGAUAAAAGUGUUAUUGCAUAUUAUCAUUGGUUAAAUCCUCACUUAAAAUUACCUAGCCGAAAACAGUUAGCUGGACGUAUUUUAAAGGCUGCAUCUGAAACUAACAGAUUUCAUAUUCAAAACAAGGCACGUAAAGAUCUAUAUGGAGUUAUGAUUGCUUUUGAUGGAUGGAAAAAUGUAAUAAAUCAAGAAAUUUUAGAAUCAGUGCUAAUUAUGUCUAAUGGUGAAACAUUAGUAUGGAAUAUAAUUGAUAUUAGUGGGUGGAGAAAAAAAUAUGAGGAUAUUAUGGAAAUCACAGAAGAAAUAUUUGAAGAAAUUAAUGUAUUAGAAAUAAAAAUAAAUGGACUUGUAACAGAUAGUGAUGCAGCUUAUGCAGCUUCAAGAUAA